GCAAAGAAAGAUCCACAAGAAGGUUACAAGACGUUGCUGGAAGGAACUCCUGUGUACAUUCAUCCAUCCAGUGCAUUGUUCAACAAGGGUCCAGAAUGGUGGUGAUUUAUCACGAAAUUGUCUUCACAUCCAAAGAAUAUAUGCGUGAAGUAACGGCGAUCGAUCCAAAAUGGCUUACCGAGGCAGCACCUACGUUCUUCCGUAUCGCAGACGCAAACAAGAUAUCCAAGCGCAAGCGACAGGAAAAGAUCGAGCCAUUGUUCAACCGAUACGAGAAGCCAAACCAGUGGCGUUUGAGCAAAGUCAAGCGCGGUGGAAGAAUCAGCCAAACAUUUGGCUAAGCAUGUUUAUUUUCUUACAUUUCUUUUAAUUACAAGACUCAUUGUUCAUACCACUUCUUGCAGACACACACAAAACACCAAAUCCAUG